CUCACUUCCUUGAGCAGCAGACACUAGCAAUUAUCUGAGCCUUUGUUUUCAAACCACAUUUUCAGAGUUAGUUAGAUGGAAGGAUAGAUUACAAAGAAGUAUACACUUGUGAGAAUGUUUAUCCUGAAGAUCUUUGCAAGAUAUUUCAACUGAGAAAAUCAUAUUUCUGAAUAUCUAUGAUGAAUUAUUCAGAGCAAGUGAAACCCUUCAUUUGUUCUGUGACAGUGGAAAGUUAACAUGUACUCAGUGACCAAACAGUUAUUCUAUACUGACAACAAGAAAUUUAGAUGAGACGAUGGGAAGUGUCAAAAGUUGUUUAAAGCCCUGAAAAAUUAAUCUUGGACAUACACAAUAUAUGAAACACUAUGGUUGUUGAUAGUGAGUGACUGAAAGAUCUCCAAAGAUCUCCAGAGACCCCAUCUCAUCACCUCACAUUGGUACCAGCAAUACAUUUCCAUUGAGGUGUAAAAGACCACAUAUACAGAGCGAAUUCUCCACCCUUACAAUCUCUGGUGAACUUCCAUGUGGUUAUACAUAGAACAAGCAGACCCUUUCCUGUGGUUGAAGUAUUUACAUCAGAUUUCUGAACAACUACUAGUUAAGUGUUUUAUAUUCCAAAGUAGCACCUGAAUGUGGCGACAGUGUAUUUGUGUGUGUUUGUGUGCUAACUCAUUUACAGCUUAAUAUUUACAAAAACAACGCAGUAUAACUCAGUACAAACUUGAAACCACACAAAACUGCACUUCGCAAUGCUAAGACAUCACCACCACUUCAUGUUGCUACUUCUUCCUCUCCUGGGGUGUGUGACGGCCAGACGCUGGGUGGUGGUUCAUCUGGCAGAUGGCGGGACAAGUCGACCCAUUCUGGUUGAUCCACUGGGUCAUGAGCACCCAGACCAAGCUAUGCCUGAAGCUUUAGCUCUAAAUGCACCACCACCAGGCACCCAAGAAGAGGAUGCAGGGUCAGCAGGAAAUCACCUGGAUGCUCAUGAAGGAGGGGGACAGAAUGAUAAUAAGGUAGAUGAUAAUAAUCAUGCUUGGGAGGGAGAAACUGGAAUGAGUCAAGAUUCAGAUGAGGAGAUAAUAAAUGAUGCCAUCCAGCUAAACCUUACAUCAACAUCAGAUACAUUAACAACAACAAGUAUAUCAACUUCAACAACCACAUUGACAUCAACCACAUCAACUUCAACAUCAACAUCAACAACCACGUCAACAUCAACAAAAAUUGCCAUAACAACUGCUAAUCAACCUGAGAACACCCAAACCACAACCAACACUCAACAACCACUCCAGCCAUGUCACCUGUCCUGCCUGGAGGCCCUUAACUCCACCCACCUCACGUCUAAUAACACCCUAACCCUGAGUGCGGGCUCCUCCCUUACCUUAGAGUGUCACAUGCCUCUGGUGCCUGAACUCAUCCUAGAAGACAUGCUGUGGCUCUUCCACCCUGGGGGCACCCCUGAGGGCCAGUGUUCCCUCACCCCCAACAAAUAUCUCAACUCCUGUGCAGGCUUUCCAUCAAUUUCAGAAACUGAUGACAGAAAUGAAACUUUUCUGAGACAGACCCUAACUUUCUCUGACUUAGAAACAAACCACACAGGAGACUACAUGUGUCAGGUCCAGGUUACCUGCUGCCCUGGACAACAGCAACACCUCAUGAGCCAGCAGCACAAAGUAAAGGUGAGCGUGAAGAUAUGGUGGGCCGACUAUACCACUGAGCUGGCAGUGACAGGUGUAGUUGCAGCAGUGCUACUGUUGAGCCUGCUGGGUGUGAGUGCAUAUGGCUGGAGACAAAGAAGCAACAACUACUACCCCACGGUGGAGGUGGAGGCUCCAGCUAUCCAUCACCUGCCCUUCAUAGAUGAUCAAGAUACUGACAGUUUCGACAGCAACAUCUCAAAUGAGCGACAUGAAACUGAAGCCAUGCUGACUCAGUAGAACAAAGCUGUAAACCUCUCAAAGAUCUCCACACGGCAUUCACUAGUGCUACCACAGUACAGAACAACGUAAAAGUUUACAAUCUUGAAAAUAGCAUACGACAAGAGUUGCUAACUAAAGUAUCUGGUGUAUAAUUCUGACCUUAAAAAUUAUUUUAAGGGUAAUUACUAAUUAUAACUGCCGAGAUUAAGAAUGUGUGAAGUAUAACUAUAAUAUGUAUGAAAAGUUAUUGUUUCUUGUGAAAUUUAAAAAUAUCUGAGU